AGAUAUUUUUACUUUCGUUAUUGAUGUCGGGGCCGUUUUCUCGUCUUCAACCUGAACGCUUCUUCAGUAACCUCUCCAGUGCUCCGAGACAAACCAAAGGUGAAAUCAUGACGGCAUUCGGCUUCGCAGUUGUUGUUGGACUGCUCUGUCUUCAGUGCUGUUCAAUGGCCAGAGAAUCUCCACCAAAGGUUCAGGUGUACAGCCGUGCACCUGGAGAGUUUGGGAAAGCCAACACCCUCAUCUGUCAUGUGAGCGGCUUCCAUCCACCAGAAAUCACCAUUGAGUUGCUCAAGAAUGGAGAGGAGAUGCUUGGAGCCAAACAGACUGACCUGGCCUUCGAAGAGAAUUGGCACUACCACCUGAGCAGACAUACACCCUUUACUCCAGGCAAAGAGGAAGAGUAUGCCUGCAGAGUGACUCACAUGGGAACUUCAAAGAUGUUCAUUUGGGAAGCAGAUAUGUAAGUUCUCUGCCUUGCUUCAGGUCUGCUUCGUCUGAAGAAAAUAAGAAGUUUGGAAAGUUUCAUCUAUAAUCUGAGCACCAGCAAAUGAGAGGAAAGAUUGUGAUUUCCUGUCAGAAAUUCAAAAUGGCAAUAAAGCUUCAAUAAGUAACUGUUGACCACCAAAGAGCAAAGGGACUUACAAUUUCACAGUCACACUCAACUUUCUGUUCAGCCUCUAUACUCUUUGACCCAUUGUACAUGUGUUUUAUUUUCAGGCAUGGACCCGCUUGCUCAUUUGCUUGCUGCUUGCUCGAUUUCAGAAAUUAUUAAAAAUAUGAAAUCAAUUUGGUUAAAAACGGUAUGAAUUAACUGAUAAUUUGAUUCAAUAUUCAGAUAGAAAAUAUUGUUUCAUAGAGCUUUAGGAUAACUAACACUGAUGAUUGGAAAUGAAAAUGUUGGCAUUCUUUGUGUGUUUUGAAAGUUGAUCUAUAAAAGCUUAAGGACUAAUUGUAACUGUUAUCACUAGUUGAUCAUUGUAAAUUAUCUUGUUUUUUAACACCUUGAGCACAUUUUAUUUUGUGAAAUAUUGAAAGGAUUAGGUUUAUUACCCAGUUUACAUUCAUAGUUGUAGUAUGAAGCCAAAACCUGAUAAACUGGAUCACCUCAUAUGUGAUCAAGUGUUAAUGAUUCAUUAAAUAAAAAUUAUUUGAAAAUAA